UGGCGCGACAGUCCACAUGCACACGAACUGGCACAGUGACGACAGCGAUGCCGCGUCUUGGAUGGACGAGCAAGGAAGCGAAGGGCACAGCUCGUCCUUGACGCACCAACCCUUCCUCUUACACCCUAAUGCAACCCCAUCGCAGCAGAGGGAUGCGAACGAUGACAUUGCCGAGGCCAUCCAGAGCAUUCAAUUCGACAUGGAGUUGUGGCACGACAUGUAUGCCGUGUCGGCGCCGUACAUUUCGCCAUCGCAGCAAGACGCGUGGAAGGCAAUUGUCACGCAAAUGCAGCAAGUGUCGCAUCGAAUAAUCGGUGGCGGACACGACGUCGCCCACGAGGCCGCAAGCUUGCCCACAGUCGUACCUGAGAGGAAACAGCGUCACAGUUCCAUCGUGUCCGACGCGCAACCAGAGAGUUACUGGGCAGGGCUGUGGUCUCGCUUGGGAGACGUCGAGAACGACCGCAAUCGCGUCAUGCACGCACGAACGAUGCCUGGCGACGAGUACGUGCUACAGCAGAUCUGGAGCUGCUUGGACAGCCAGGACUUUGCCGCGGUGGCGGCGGUGUGUUCCGACUGGUUCCGUCUCGUGUAUCACUCCAAGUUGGGCCAGAGGCAGUGGCAGCACAUUGUACGCAGUCGAUGGCCGCAAGUUCACGGCUGGGACGGCGACCACGCGUUCGUAUCGAGGGUGUGUGGGACCACGAGGGACUGGCGGCAUCGAUUCAUCACCCUACACAAACUCAGCUCCAACUGGCAACAUGGACGACUACUCCACCAGAGUACAAUUCCCGUCGAGCUCACUCCCACAAUCCGUUGCAUGCAGUUUGUGGACCAGUCAAGACUGCUGCUGCUAGGCGACUCGCGCGGCGGGCUGCAGAUGAGAAACCUACACAGGGAUAGCGCACCAUCCUCUAUGGAACUACCGGCGGCAGACGGAGUGCUUCGAGCGCACAACUACAGCGUCACUGCCAUCUCCAGUCAUGGAGAUCGAGCGGUCUCGGGGUCGGUGGACGGCACGCUAAGUGUCCACGCCCUAAGUGCAUUCCACACCAGUCCAGUACCCCAUGGCCACUUGGAUGCCAUCACUUGUGUGGAACUACACCAAGAUGUCGUGGCCAGUGGCUCGAAAGACGCCACCGUGCGGCUGUGGGACCUCCGAAAUGUGCAAAGUGGUGCUGCUCUUGUGUUUGAACAUCGACGUGAGGCGGUGCGCAUGGCCACGUUGUCGCCGGCGGACGCCACCAAAUGGCUCGUUUUCUAUGGCGUACGAACUGGGAGAUGAGGUUUCAGAGUGUAAGGACACACACUCUUGGGUAGGAUGGCAUGUGUUGUGUGGCGGACGUGCGCCGGCCCGAUGUUCCAGUGCAUCAAGUGCAGGGCACAUUUCCGUACAAAGCCUCGGCGUGGGUGGCCAACUCGGUCCGAAAUGAAAGAUACCGCAAUUCGUAUAACAUUUGGUUGUAUGUACUGGAAAUACUAGAUGCUUUGCGUGGUGGAAUCCGACGGCGGCGUCGCCUUGAUAAACGACAGCGGUGCGUUGGUCCGCCGCCGCCGCCGACCUUUUAGCGGACCUCCCUUGACCUGCUUCCCCGUUUUCCACGGCAACCAAAACGACGGCGGCAUGUUUGGGGUGGCCACGUCGGACCCUAAUCACGCGGUGGAGAUCUACCACAUCCGUGAUCACGGCACGAUGACGCCGGCGUAUUCGUUGCCGUUGCCGCCGUCGCCACUCCGAUGCAGUGCUGCCGACUGGACAUCCGUAGUCGGUGUUGAAGAUCGCGGGCUAUUGCAUGAAUGGUCGUUCGAUGACCAAAUUACAUGGAAAUAAAGUAAUGUUUAUUCUUCGUUUGAUUUUACAAAUAAUAUACUGUAAAAGACAC